GCGUCUCCUUGGCGACGGAGUGGAACCGGAAUGAUGGAGGAGCGAUGGCGAAGCACAGAAUGAAUUAUGUGAGAAUCAGUCGGUGUCGCUGCUCCGGGCGUUUACUCUGAGCUUUUAGAGCGAUUUUUGAACAUUUUUAUCUUCUUCUUGUUGAUUUGUUCCCGUUCAGGAUGGAAACUGUAGCUAGUUAGCUUAAAUGUUAGCCGGAACAGCGCUGCCUGCAAACACAACAGAGCACGGGUGGAAGACGUGCGCUCGGUUUAAUCACAGCAGCAGCCCGAGCCGCUAACUCAGAAAUACUCCCUUCAGUCAAAGUGUGAGUCCCCGCCCAGCUGGGAAGGAUGAGUGCUGAAGCAGCCGACCGGGUGGCUGCUGUGACCAGCGGUCGGCCCAGUACGCCUCUGCAGACGUCCUGGUUUGAGUUCCUCCUGGACGGCAGCCUGCUGGAGAAACACCUGCAGAAAUCAAAUGCAGACCCGACUCCGGUGCAGCUGAUCGUCCAGUUCCUGGAGCAGGCGUCCAAACCGUCGGUGAACGAGCAGAAUCAGGUUCAGCCUCCAGCAGACAACCGCAGGAACCGAACCCUGAAGCUGCUGGCGCUGAAGGUCGCCGCACACAUGAAGUGGGACCUGGAUUCACUGGAGAAAGGACUGACCAUCCCAGUGUUGAACAUGCUGCUGAAUGAGCUGCUGUGUGUCAGCAAAGUGCCUCCAGGUGUGAAACAUGUGGAUCUGGAUCUGUCCACUCUGCCUCCGACCACCGCCAUGGCAGUGAUCAUCUACAACCGCUGGGCCAUCAGAAUCAUCGUGCUGAGCAGCUUUCCAGAGAAACAAACCAAACCAGGACCUCAUCAGAUAAACAUGUUAAAUAUCGUGCAGCAGGAGAAAGAAAUGACAGAAAACAUCCUGACUGUGCUGAAGGAGCAGGCGACCGACUCCAUCACCGUCCUGGAAGGAGCUCUGCAGCUGAAGAAGGACUUCUACGUCCACACUCUGAGGACUCUGGACCUGCUGGCCGCUGACGCUGCCGCUAACGGAGAAACCGAAUCCUCCACAGCCGGGCUUCGAAUCAGCGCCGAUGACCUGCACUGUCAGGUGCAUUAUGAUCUGGGAGGUAUUUUCUUCCAACAAGGCUGCACCGACCAGCCAACCUAUGAGAAGGCCAGAGAUCACUUCAGACAGACCAAGGAGCUCUUGAAGAAGCUGGACUCGACCGUCCACGUCCACAUGGACGAGAAGCGUCUGGCCGGUUACUGGAACGCCUGCAGAGCUCUGACCGGAGACUGUGACCCCUGCGACCCCCAGACGACCCCCUACGACCAGAUCAACAGCCUGAUCCGAGCCCACAACCACCAGGCCGUCAUGGAAGCCUUCAUCAAAGACAACGUGUCCCGCAGUUUACCGAACCACUUCAGACGCUCGGUUCUCAGAGAGUUCUUGUACAAAGUCCAGCAGGGUGAGGCCACAAAAACAUUCAAACUGUGA